UCUACUGAAGCAACUUCUACAGUGUACUAGUCUAGAGGACACCGAAAGAAUCGUGUUACAAAAAUAUCUUCUGCGUAGAGUCGUGCUUUUGUUAUAGUUAAUGUCGCAUUUUCUGGAACCAAGCGAUUUAUGCACCUCCGCAGCUUUCGAGGUUGCCGAUUUUCUUCAGCAUGUAUAUAUAUGAAAUCUCUGAGUUUUGAUGAUCUAUUGCGGCCAAACCAAGAAAUUGUUUCACGUCUCCGGCGUCGUGUUGCGCCAUCAAUUGGCGGCUUCACUCAGCCUAUUCCGACGCGUUUUGGCCGAAAUUAUAUGUGACGACUUCUCGAAGAAUUCGCGAGGAGCCAUCGGAUGGCUAUUGUGAUGAUCCAUUAAUUAUUUACAGAGAUAGGCAGAAGCUUGAAUUGAAGGAAUUUUUUUAUUUCUCUGGCGGCGGAACGCGUUUUAGAUCAUGGGUAAGAAUCACGGGUAUAAUAUGGUGAUAUCUUGCUCUGAGUUGGAUGAUUAUGAGAGAGUAUGUUCUUCGUCGAGAGAAGGUAAGGGAAAGAGAUUGUGGAAGAAGGUUAAAUACCAGCUGGUGGAAUAUCACUCAUUGCCUGGAUAUUUGAAGGACAAUGAGUAUAUUCUCGGUUAUUAUAGGGCCGAAUGGCCUUUGAAGCAGGUCUUACUCAGCAUUUUUACCAUUCACAAUGAAACCCUCAAUGUUUGGACGCAUUUGUUAGGGUUCUUCCUUUUCUUAUUUCUAACUAUAUACACUGCUAUGAAGGUUCCAAGUGUUGUGGACCUUCCUACACUACAAAAUUUCUCUGAUGCUCUGAAGAAAGCUGAUUUUCAGAAACUUCAAACUGACCUGGUUGCUUGUCUUCCAUUCUUGUCACACAUGCCUGAUCUGCAGAGACUUCGUGAUGAUCUAAAAACCUCAUUGCCUUCGAUGGACUUGCUACCAUCCUUAUCUAAUUGGCAUAUCACAGAGCUCCUCUCCAACUGUUUGCCAAAUGGUAUGAAAGAUGACAUGGCAAAUAUAGUAGCACCCUCGACUGUAACACCAAUCACGCGAUGGCCGUUCUUUGCAUUCUUAGGUGGUGCCAUGUUUUGCUUAUUAGCCAGCAGCACAUGCCACCUGCUGUCCUGCCACUCGGAGCGCUUAUCCUACAUCAUGCUAAGGCUCGACUACGCAGGAAUUGCUGCCCUUAUCGCAACAUCAUUUUACCCCCCGGUCUACUACUCUUUCACAUGCUACCCUCUCUUGUGCAAUCUGUAUCUAUGGUUCAUCACCUUGCUAGGAAUUGGCACAAUCUUGGCGUCCCUUCUCCCAGUGUUUCAAAGCCCUGAAUACCGCAACUUCCGAGCAACUCUCUUCUUCUCAAUGGGGGUAUCCGGCGUGGCGCCUAUCUUACACAAGCUUAUCCUAUUCUGGAACCAGCCCGAGGCACUCUACACAACGGGGUACGAAGUAUUAAUGGGGGCACUCUAUGGUCUUGGAGCAUUAGUGUAUGCGACACGAGUGCCAGAGAGAUGGAUGCCUGGAAAAUUCGACAUUGCAGGCCAUAGCCAUCAACUGUUCCACAUUCUUGUUGUUGCUGGAGCUUAUACACAUUACAAAGCUGGACUUAUUUAUCUGAAAUGGAGAGACCAACAAGGAUGUUGAGGAGAUUCAAAGAACAUCGACGUAAGGUUAGGGGCUCUGCUUAAGUUUUAGUUCAAAAAUUUUAACAAAAUUCCCCUCAGUAUCUAAUUAUGUCUGAUCUCAUCAUGCUUGAUUGAAUUUCAGGCUUCUUAAAAGAUAUAUGUGACAAUGUUUGGAGUGCAUAGUGAGAAUUGCAAUAUUUUGAAAUAGGAGAUGGCUUUUUAUUUAUUUAUUUUCACAUUUCAGAAUAACCAAAAACCCUUUCUUACAAGCAAAAAUUGUCCUAAUAAUAUAAUGUAAUAGACAAAAACUGAAUUUAAGAGAGGCACAUCACAUGAUUGGGACAAUAGUGUUGCAUUCCUUGUCACUUUCAAGCCUCCCUAAAUCUUAUUGCUGCCGUCUCUGCCACUUCCUUUCCCCCCUCAUUUAUUUCUUCCAUAGUUAUUUUGUAUUUCAUUCCAACAACCUAUGACCCAUUUCCCAAUUCCCAUCAGCCACAAAAAUUAAAUCCUUAGACAAUAUAUUUAUUAUAUAUAAAAAUGAAUAAUAAUUUCUAUUUAUUAAUUAUUGUCAAUUGAGGUAAUGAGUAUGGUUAGUGAGUGCAGUGAGAAAAGCAGAUUCUAAUUGAAAAGUCAAAUAAUAGAUGCAGACAAAUCAUGUGCACAGUGAUAGAUGCAGAUCGUGCAGCGUUGUGGUUUGGCAGUUGCAUGGAUAUGUAUAUUCUUGUGUGUCGUUUUUACGUGUUUAAGAUUUGAUUAAAUUAUUGAUAUAAACAUCGUACACACCACACGCCAUCUGUCCUUUCUUAAUUCUUUUAUUUAAUUCUUUGCCUAACACUCACUCACUCACUCACUCUUCGGAUUCAUGACUAACAGAAAAUUUAUUUCAA